UGUCUACUUGUAUGUUACCUCAUUGUUUUGGUUGAUGCUCACUCGAUCAUGUCCCUAUGGAGUGUGUGCACGAGCAACAGGUAGCUGGCUGCAGUUCACUUAACGGCCACAGGUGUCAUUAAUAACAAGGGUUUUUGAAUCGUACAACCUCCACCUUUAAAAACGGACAAUCUGUCACGUUAUUAAAGCUUGUGAGAGUCCAAGAAGUCUUUUUUUCUUCUUCUUCUCAAAUGUAAAAAACAUAUGGAACGGUACUGGCUCUUUUAUUUCACAACAGAGCGUUUAUAGAUCCAUGAAAAGUGACACAUGUACAGCCGCAGCGCUAUGUGUCGCUGUUGAGCUAGUCUUCGGCUUAAAGGAGACGCAACAAAGAACGCUAAUCAGCGAUCUGAGUGGGCCCUGCUGACAGCGUGUCUCACUAUAGCUUUAAGAACCUAAAAUAGGCUCUGGGUCUUUAAAAUAAAUUUUGCACAGUUAUUAUAGAGGUUAUUGACUAAGUUUUCAAUUUAUACGACUUCCAUUUUUGCAUCGAAUUUGCAGGAGAAGCAAGAGCGUCCGUUUAAAUAUGUUUGACAAUCGGAACAGGGCCGUUAGCAAGCCAAAAUUUUCCAUAUUUUAUGUCUCCUGUUUAUUUUAAGCUGUGUUUCAAUUUGCUAAGAAUUUUUAAGUCGUCCAAAAGCAAGACACGGAGAGAAAACAACUUUGGCGUUGAUGGAACUCUCGAACAACAACGAUGCGGUGGAGAGUGAGAUGAUGACCGUGGAGAAAUCCGCGGGACAGAGUACACCAUCCACCCCGCACAGGGCAUCAAGAGAAGGAGACGGGUACUUGAACACCGAAAGGACUUGUUCGACCGAAACAGACAGACCUGCGUCGAGCUUGACGGGCUCUGGGCGGGUUUUAAGGGACAGGUCAAUGCGUACGCUUCCCUUGUGGAGGCAGAGCGAUAUCGGAGAAGACGAGGUGACCUGCGAUGCAGCGGCGAACCGCCGGAGGAAAGCGUCAUUCCCACGGCGCAGGAGGAACACGGCAGCCGCUGCGGGUUCCUUGGAUGCGGCCGGAGAGAGCAGCGCUGACUGCGGCCCUUCGGUUGAGUUUGAUGAAAAUAAGGAUUCGCUGGGUAAUCCAGCGGCCCGCAGCAGAAGGCCUCAGGUGCGCACAGGGGGCCGCACCUGUCGUGGCUCGCCUAAGACUGUGUUUAAGAUUGAGCCAGAUACGGACAGUGACUAUGUGGUGGCAAAUACAGAAGUUGAGAAGACCGGAUCAAGUGUGGAGAAAAAGGAAGAUGAGAGCAUGGAUGACGAUGACGUUAUGGAAGAGGAUGACUCUUCAUUUGUGGACGACCCAAAAGACCAAAACUACCUUCCCUAUACACAGAGUGAGGAAGAGGACGCCAUCAUCAGCAGCAGCAGCGAAGAAGACGUCCCAUUUACAGAUGACUUGAAUGAUCAGAGCUAUGAUCCUAAGUGUGAGAGGGAUCCUUCUAAGCCGAGACGCAGACCUCCUCGAGGACAGAAAGAGAAGGCAGCAGUUACAGAGAGCUCAAAUGAGCAAGAGCCAGAGAUAAAAACUGAGGGAGCAGAGAGUACGGAUGAGAAGAUUGGUGCAGAGUUUGAUGAAGAUGCUGAGCUGCCCAGGAAAAGAGGGCGAAGAAAAAAAGAUGACAAAAGUCCUCGUCUUCCAAAGAGAAGGAAAAAGCCACCAAUCCAGUAUGUGCGUUGUGAAAUGGAAGGAUGUGGUACAGUGCUGGCCCACCCACGAUACUUACAGCAUCACAUCAAAUACCAACACCUGAUGAAGAAGAAGUAUGUCUGCCCUUACCCAUCAUGUGGAAGACUCUUUCGACUGCAGAAACAGCUGCUGCGUCAUGCUAAACACCACACAGAUCAGAGAGACUACAUUUGUGAGUUCUGUGCUCGUGCCUUCAAGAGCUCUCACAAUCUGGCUGUACAUCGAAUGAUACACACUGGAGAGAAGCCAUUGCAGUGCGAGAUCUGUGGUUUCACUUGCCGUCAGAAGGCCUCCCUCAAUUGGCACAUGAAGAAACAUGAUGCAGAUGCCACGUACCAGUUCUCUUGCAGCAUCUGCGGAAAGAAAUUUGAGAAGAAAGACAGCGUAGUGGCUCACAAAGCUAAGAGCCACCCUGAAGUGCUCAUUGCGGAGGCAUUGGCGGCCAAUGCUGGAGCUCUCAUCACCACUCCAGAUGGAGUCACCACACUGCUGGGAGCCUCCACGGGCACGCAGACAGAGCCAGUGGUCCCAGAGGCACAAAAAAGCUCUGUAGUUCAAGGAGGUCAGGUGGGUCCACUGAUGGUUGUGGGUCAGGAGCACACACUGCAUACCAUGCAGGUACCUGUGGGCAUGGCCUUGUCGUCCACAGAGGAGAACGGCAACCGAUCGCAGCAGGCCUCAACUCACAGUUUGCAGAUGCCACUUCAGUUUAUCACCACACCUGUCUUGCAGCAACAACACCAAAUUCAGCAGUUACCGCUCCAGACCUCCACCACCAUCACCGAGCAGGCUGCUUUAGUUCAGCAGAUGCCUGCACAGUCCUACAACCCCCAGAUCGACCACAUGGCCUUCCGAGCUCAGCAGCAGCACCCACUGCUUUCUGUUGCUCAGCAGAUGCCCCUUCAGACCACCCAACCACAGUAUACCCAGGCUAUUGCCAGACCCCCUAAGCCCAACACAGCUCCCAAUAUUUCCCAAUGCCUGCCUGAGGCUUCCUCUGAUGGCCGGAGCAGUUUGGAAUUUGGCUCUGAUCCUCCAUCUUCUUCAUCUACUUCUCCUCAGUCUUCCACUGCCCCUUCAGAGUCAAGACAGGUCAUCUGGGUGGGAGAUGGAACUAAUGACAAUGAAAAUGGGGGUGUGGUUUGGGAGGUGGGUGGGGAAGGGGAGGAGCAAAGUAUGACAGACAGUUCAGAUGGGCAGAUGGAGCGUGUACUGAUAUAGUGAAAGAAGUUGAUGGUGUAACAUGGAGGAAAGAGAGGUGACUGGUUUUUGUCACCCUUCUGCUAAUAAAUACCCUGAAGUUAAAUGUAUACAGUCAUAAAUAUAUUGUAUGUAAUCGCAUUAACUUUUGGUAGGUUUGUAGAAACGUCUGUAACAGGGAGACCGUGUUUUAGUUGUUGUCAUUGUUUAUUUUGUAUAUAAACAGUUCUAGUUCCCUCCAA